UCUCUCUUCGUAAAUUGUUUUGUUGUCUCUUUGAACGAUCGCAGUGGCGCGUGUUUUCUUCAUAUAAUUUCUACGUUUACGCGUUAAAAUGAAAUUAAUAUAAAACUAAAUCAGAUUCUAGUGUUUCAGUGACGUAAUGUACUAAGAAUUUUAUACGAAACUUGGUAAAAUUGUUAGUGGCAGACAAAGAAGCGGUAAUACCUGUUGACUAACUGUGUAAUAACAUGAUGUUGUAUUUAGAUGCAAUUAUUGUUUGAAAUAAUAUAGUAUAGGUAUUUAUACAUUUGAUGUUAUUCGUUUGGUGCGUAGAUUUUGAAGUUGUUAUAAAGAAAACGGAAUAAAAUAAAACAUCUGAAGGCCAGCCUGUGACAUAGACUCGAUUAUACAAAUCUAAAUUAUCAAAACAUGAACCCCUAAUGGGUACUAAAUGGUUGAUCCUGUGUUCACUUUGGGCCGCUCGCCUGGUGCUGCAGCCGACACCACCCGUGGUUACCACUAGUGGACUGCUGCGGGGCUAUGUGGCCCCUGAUGGGUCACACCUGCGAUACAAUGGCAUACCGUAUGCUAUUGCUGAAAGGUUUCAGGUAUCUCGUCCAGUAUCAAAAUGGGAAGGCGUAUUCGAUGCAGUGAACGAAAACGUAAGAUGCGCGCAAAGGUUCUCACAAACAUGGAUAAAUGGAAGAGAAAACUGUCUCACUUUGAACGUGUACACGCCUCUACAAGCGGGGAAAAAGCCUUACCCCGUGAUGGUGUUUAUUCAUGGAGGAGGAUUCAGAGACGGAUCUGGUUCUCCUCUUCUAUACGGACCGGAGUACUUAACCAGACAUGGCGUAGUUCUUGUAACGGUCAAUUACAGACUUGAAAUAUUAGGUUUCCUUUGCUUGGGAAUUAAAGAAGCACCAGGGAAUAUGGGAUUAAAGGAUCAGGUAGAAGCGCUUCGCUGGGUGCAGAGAAACAUUCAGGCAUUUGGUGGCGAUCCUGACAACGUCACUUUAUUUGGUGAAAGCGCUGGAUCAGCGUCUGUGUCGUACCACAUAGUUUCACCAAUGUCUCGUGGGUUAUUCCAUAAAGCAAUUAUGCAAAGUGGCUCCGCAAUGGCGCCCUGGGCUUUACAAUUUGAGCCAUUGCCUACCGCUCGUAAACUUGCCAAACAAAUGGGACAUGAAUUAAAUGACGCUUAUGAUAUUUUAGAACUAUUGAACAAUAAACCAGUUAAAGAUCUUUUGGGGACACGUGUUCCCAGAGCAUUUGGAGAUACUGUUCUAUCAGAAAACAUAUUUGUGCCUUGCAUUGAAAAUGAUAUACCUAAUUCGGAAGAAUUCAUACGUGAUAGCCCAUACAACUUGAUCAAUAAAGGCCAAUUUAAUAAAGUACCCAUUAUCAUGGGCUACAACAGCGCAGAAGGUCUAAUGUUUGUUGGAAAGGAAAAUGAAACGACCAUAAACAAUUUUAGCUUCAUCGGUUCACUGCCAAGAGAUUUAAAAUUCCCAUCUGAAUACGAUAAAAACGCAACUGCAGAAAAACUUAAAGAAAUAUAUUUCGAGAAUUUUGACAAAUCCACGAUAUCUCCAGCUUCAUUAGCUAAAUAUGAAGGAGAUUUAGGUAUAGUUUAUCCUGUUAUAUUGACGGCGGAUUUUCUUAUGAGAAAAAUGGAGAAACCCGUAUUCAUUUACAAAUUUUCUCGAGAUGGAUGGAUGAAUUUAUUAAAGCUGCUAUUUGGAGUUACGGAAUACCCCGGCGCGACGCACGCUGAUGAGCUAUUUUAUAUAUUUAAAACUGAAAUUACCUUGCCUAUGUCAUUUUUUGAAAUUGAUAUGACUAAAAAGAUGACAACAAUGUGGACGAACUUUGCCAAAUUUGACAACCCAACCCCAGAAGCGACUCAGCAGCUUCCUAUGAUUUGGCAACCCAGCAACAAGAUGGAUCAAAAAGUAUUGGUUAUAGACACAAAAUUUUCCACAGAACCGUUGUGGAAAGAUGAUGCGAUAAUAUUUUUAAACCAGACAUAUACAAAAUAUAGACGGAAAUCAUAUCUAAUGUUGUUUUUGUUCAUCUCACUGUCAAGUGCGAGUCUUCUACGACCACCGACAUUGCCAGUGCGUGUGUCAGGAGGCACCCUCAGAGGAUCCGUGGCGUUGGACGGGUCACAUCUGCGCUACACCGGGAUACCAUACGCGACCGCUCAGAGGUUUCAGGCACCCAAACCCGCCCCAAAAUGGAGAGGCAUAUUUGAUGCAGUUAAUGAACAUAGAAGAUGUCCACAAAACUUUCCGAAACCAUUGAUCACGGGAGACGAAGACUGCCUGUACUUAAAUGUUUAUACACCAUUAAAAUCGGAAAAUAAAUUAUACCCUGUUAUGGUAUUCAUUCACGGAGGUGGUUUCAAAGAAGGCUCCGGUUCACCACUUGUCUAUGGGCCAGAAUAUUUAGUAAAACAUGAUGUUAUUUUAGUCACAUUUAACUACAGACUUGGCGUGCUUGGGUUCCUCUGUUUGGGAAUAAAGGAAGCUGCCGGUAAUAUGGGUUUGAAGGACCAAGUAGAAGCGCUUCGUUGGGUGAAGAAUAAUAUCAGAGCUUUUGGGGGAGACCCUGAUAACAUAACAUUGUUUGGAGAGAGUGCCGGUUCAGCAUCUGUAGUAUAUCACAUGCUAUCUCCUAUGUCCACUGGCCUAUUUAAUAAAGCUAUCAUGGAGAGUGGAUCUGCAAUGUCAUACUGGUCUGGACAAUUUGAGCCGAAAGAAAUAGCCUUCAAAUUGGCCGCACACAUGGGACACAACACAAGAGAUGUGCGUAAGAUAGUAAAUAUAUUUAAACGUAAAACAAUUACAGAGCUAUUGAGUGCUAAACUACCCAGAAAUACUGGUGACAUUGUGCAAUCAGAGAAUAUUUUUGUUCCUUGUAUUGAAGAUACUAUAGAAGGAUUGGAACCAUUUAUAACUUCAAGCCCUUAUGAUAUUAUUAACAGCGGUAAUUUCAAUAAAGUCCCUGUUAUAAUGGGCUUCAACAAUGCAGAAGGUUACAUGUUUGUAGGAAAAGAAACCUCUCGUCAAAGAGACGAGUUUAAAUUUAUAAGUGCUUUACCGAGAGAUUUAAUAUUCCCCACUGCAUCUGAAAAAGAGACAACUGCAGAGAGAUUAAAAGAACUGUAUCAAGAUCGCCCGCAAAUGAGUAUACAAUCUUUAGUGAAAUACGAAGGUGACGCUGGUAUAAAAUACCCUGUAAUAGCUACAGUAGAUCUUUUGCUUAAGAAUAUGGACGAACCAGUAUAUGUUUACAAAUUUGCAUAUGACGGUUUAUUAAAUCUGGUUAAAUUUGGUUUUGGAUUCGGAACUUAUCCUGGAGCAUCUCACGGUGAUGAAUUGCUUUACAUAUUUAAACCACAAGGAUCAACGGUACUGUCACUUUUGGAAAUGAAUAUUAUUGGUAAAAUGACACUAAUGUGGACGAAUUUCGCUAAAUAUGGAAACCCGACCCCCGAUGAGACCGCAUUAGUUCCCAUGAAAUGGCAGCCGACCAAUCUUUCCGACCCUCAACUUCUGGUCAUCGACAGGCAAUUAUCCACAGAAAGUCUUUGGAAUGACCAGGAUAUUUUAUUCUGGAACGACACUUAUACAUAUUACAGAAGAAUAGCAUGACCUAAGUGUCCCUCACACCUCAUCAUAUUUAAUAUUAUAACACUAAAAUCCAAAGAUAAAUAAACAAACUCA